GCGGGGAUAGCUCAGUUGGGAGAGCGUCAGACUGAAGAUCUGAAGGUCGCGUGUUCGAUCCACGCUCACCGCAUUUUCUAUUUUUUUAAAUACGUUUUUUUAACUUUUUUAAAUACGUUUUUCCACUGCCGUUUUUUCCACCGUUUCGGGUCUGCUUAACAUAAACCUAUCGGGCCUUUCGUUCGAAUUUCCAGUUCCGCCGUUUUCAGCAAAACAGUUACCCGCUCGCCGAAAUUCGCUUCGACCUCGCCGCGGGAACAAAACUUUGGAAAGGAUUUUUUCCUGCGGCGGCGAGGAUCAGACAAGAUGGCCGACCAGCGGAGUCGAGAACAUCGUCUUCUUUGCGGACAGUACCUUGGAGAAGUUUCAGCUCUAUCCUUCCUUCAUCUGCCGCCUGACUUCUCUACUCUUCCCCUGCUACUCGCCGGUUCCGGUUCUCAGCUUCUGCUGUACAAUUUGGAGGCGGGGAGUUUGAUCGGAGCUUUUCAAGUGUUCGAAGGGAUUCGCGUGCACGGAACUGUUUGUUCUGGGUUCUCUAUUCGGUCCAUAGGGAAGGAGCUAAGUUUCCGAGUUGCUGUGUUUGGUGAAAAGAGGGUAAAGCUGUUCAAUUUGCUUGUUCAGUUGGAAUCCAAGUCCCAAAGCCAGCUGCUGCUAGUGGAUUUGGCUUUAGUUCAUUCGUUACCAAGGUUUAGUCACUGGGUUUUGGAUGCAUCCUUUUUGAAGAGCAAUGCAGCCGUUUCUCACGAUGAUGGGAGCUAUUAUCUUGCUAUUGGAUGCGGUGAUAACUCUGUUCGUGUCUGGGAUAUCCCCAAUUCUACUCUGAUGGUUGAUGUUCAGUCCCCUGAUAGGUGCCUUCUAUAUUCCAUGCGGCUAUGGGGAGACAGCCUGGAUACCCUACGAAUUGCUUCUGGAACCAUCUACAAUGAGAUUAUCAUUUGGGGGCUGCUUCACCAGCAAACUUAUGAGGCAUCUCAUAUAGGUAAACUAAUAGGACAUGAAGGGUCAAUCUUCCGCAUAGCAUGGUCCGCUGAUGGGUCCAAACUGGUUUCCGUUUCUGAUGAUCGCUGUGCCCGUAUCUGGCGAGUUUCUUCUUCACAGGGGGAUUCGGUCGGUCAAGAGGUGCUGGCUGGCCCUGUUCUAUAUGGUCAUAGUGCUAGAGUCUGGGACUGCUGCAUCGUUGGAUCUUUAAUUGUCACAGCAGGCGAAGACUGUACUUGUCGUGUAUGGGACUUGGAUGGUAAACAGCUCAAGAUGAUCAAAGAACAUAUAGGAAGAGGAGUCUGGCGAUGCUUAUAUGACCCUGACUCAUCACUCCUUAUCACUGCUGGAUUUGACUCAGCAGUCAAAGUGCACCAGCUACCUUCUUAUUUACCUAGGGUUUUGGAAGGACAAAAUGACCUGAAAUUGCCAACGGACGAGAAAGUAUUCACUGGUCAGAUUCCAAGUUCGUCUGAGCACAUCAAUCUGAUGGACAGCAAAAGUGAGUAUAUCCGCAACAUGCACUUAACUUCAGAGGACACCAUAUACAUUGCCACAAACCAUGGUUAUCUAUAUCAUGCCAAAAUUUCAGACACGGAAUACAAGUGGACUAAACUUGUCCAGGUCAGUCAAGAGGUGCCAAUUGUUUGUAUGGAUUUGCUGCCCAAAAAGUUGCCCAAACUUUCUUGUGGUCUUGAUGACUGGGUUGCUUUAGGAGAUGGUAAAGGAAACAUGACUGUUCUCAGAGUUAUUGGUGAUAUAUCCUCUCCGGAAGUGGGCCUCACCUACAAUUGGUCAGCUGGAAAAGAAAGACAACUCCUGGGAACUUAUUGGUGCAGGUCAUUGGGAUCUAGGUUCAUCUUUACUGCUGAUCCAAGAGGAAGCUUGCACCUAUGGAGGUUGAAUGAUCACUUACUAUCUGUGACUCAACCAUCUCAAAGACCUAGUGUGUCUCUUGUUGGAGAAUUUAUAUCAUGCUUUGGCAUUCGGAUAAUGUGCUUAGAUGCAUCAUUUGAGGAUGAGGUGCUAUUGUGUGGGGAUCUUCGUGGUAAUCUCCUUCUAUUUCCUCUUUUGAAAGACUUGUUGCUGAAUGCGUCAAAUGGACAAGAAAUAAAUGUAACUCCAACAAGCUACUUUAAAGGCGCUCAUGGGAUAUCAAGUGUAUCCAGCCUGUCUAUGGCUAAAUUAAGUUCCGGAGAGAUCGAAAUACGUACGACUGGAGCUGAUGGUUGCAUAUGCUUUUUUGAAUAUGAGAGACAUCAGCAGAGCCUAGAAUUUAUUGGGAUGAAGCAAGUCAAAGAGUUGAGUUUGAUUCAAUCUGUGUCUUCUGAUCCUGCUUCAGCCAAUGACCUUUCUAACUGCCGCUACGCUAUUGGUUUUGCAUCCACGGAUUUCAUAGUCUGGAACUUAACUACAGAAGCAAAGGUCGUGCAGAUUCCAUGUGGUGGUUGGCGACGUCCUCAUUCUUAUUUUAUUGGUGAUGUGCCAGAGGUGAAGAAUUGCUUUGCAUAUGUUAAGGACGAGCACAUAUAUGUUCACCAGAAGUGGGUACAACAGAAGAAGAUAUAUCCCCAGAACCUGCAUGUUCAAUUCCAUGGACAAGAGAUCCAUUCCCUGUGUUUUAUUUCUGUUAGAUCAAAUACUAAGCCUGCUCCUUUAGGACCUUUACCAGAUUCAAAUUGGAUUGCUUCUGGUUCUGAAGAUGGAACUGUAAGAUUGACUAGGUAUAUCCCUGGAAUAGAGGGCUGGUCUAUGUCAAAAUUGCUGGGUGAGCAUGUUGGUGGAUCUGCUGUGAGAUCAAUAUGCACAGUGAAAAAUGUACACAUGACUGCAUCAGGUGCUGCAAUUUGUGAUCAGAGAAACAAACAAGGUGUGCUUGCUGAGGACAGGGAGGAACCGUUUUUACUGAUCUCUGUUGGUGCAAAACGGGUCCUCACCUCUUGGAUGUUGAGAGAUAGAGGGUCUAAUGAAAAACAGACUUCUCUUCAAGAAGAAAGCGCUAACUCUGGUGAUGUAUACAUGCCAACUUUGGGAUCUUCCUCUCCCAUGUCAUUCAAAUGGCUUUCUACUGAUAUGCCAGCAAGAAACUCCAGUACUCAUCGCAAAGGAAAAGUAGAUCGGAAGUUAGGAGUUGAUGCUGAAAGCAAAACAAGUGUGGAAAUCAAUUUGGCAUCUGCAGCUAGCACACCUGAAAAAGUCGUUGCUGAAUCAAAACUUUGCUAUGAUGAUACAUGUGAAGAUGACUGGAGAUAUCUUGCUGUCACUGCAUUUCUGGUGAAGGAUACCAGUUCCGGGUUGACUGUCUGUUUUGUUCUUGUUUCUUGUUCAAAUGCGACGCUUGCUCUGCGAGCACUUGUCUUACCACAUCGGUUAUGGUUUGAUGUCUCAAUGUUGUUUCCGUUGACAUCCCCAGUAUUGUCCUUGCAGCAUGUCAUCGUCCCACAGCAGCUUCCUUCCAGUGGGAAUGUCUCUGUCAGAAAUGCUUAUGUUGCAAUUAGUGGAGCUACUGAUGGAAGCAUCACAUUCUGGGAUCUGACGGACAGCAUUGAGGCUUUCAUGCUGCAGUUGUCAUCAGUAGAUGAGGAGAAGUUGACAAAUUGCAGGACGAGGCCAAGAACAGGAAGAGGAAGUCAGGGUGGGCGCUGGUGGAGAUCACUGAGCAGUAGAAUGUCUAACAAAGAUCAGAUGGUUGGCUCAUUUCCAAUCGAAUUGGGAUCUCAUGAGAAUGCCUGUGGAGAUACCCUAGAUGGUGCUGCCAAUGUGACAUCAACCCAUGUGAAGAAUGAUGUUAGUAGCUGCGGGAGAGUUUCUUCAGCAGUUGAAAAUGGGUCCCCUGAUGUAGAGUCAUGUGGUUUUAGCUAUUCGUCAGCCUCCAUUCAAGAAAUAUCUCCUUUACAUAUCCUACAUAGUGUUCACCAAUCUGGGGUGAACUGCCUCAGUGUCUCUGAUGUACUUGAAGAUCAAAUUUCUGACUCUGGUUUUCAGUUCAGUCUCAUAAGCGGGGGUGAUGAUCAAGCACUUCACUGUCUUAGGUUCUGCAUACCAUUUGAACUAACUGAGGUGGAUUCCAAUGGAUUGAAAAACUCGGAUCAAGCUCUAGUGGAUUCUGUUGAUGACAAUCAAGUACAUAUCAAGCAGCACAGAAUAAGAUUCCUGGAUCAGAACAGAGUUACCUCAGCCCAUAGCUCUGCUGUAAAAGGUGUUUGGACAGAUGGAAAAUGGGUUUUCUCAACUGGUCUUGAUCAGAGAGUAAGAUGCUGGCUCCUAGAAGAUCACUGCAAAAUGGUGGAACAGAGUCAUUUGGUUGUUAGUGUUCCUGAGCCAGAAGCAGUAGAUGCUAGAGUCUCCAGCAACGGCGGCUAUCAAAUUGCAGUUGCGGGAAGGGGGAUGCAAAUCCUCGAGUUUCAUCCACAUUUAUCUUGAGAUAGAACUGGAAGAUCUUCAUUGUCCUCAAGGAAGGCUGCUCAAUUGUGGUGAUUCUGGGUGGAUAGGCAAUAAGCAUUGUAUCUGCCUGUAGAAUUCUCCUCUCCCUCGACCCGGCUCUCCUAUUGAAAGCUUAUUAUGUUGUAAGCAACCUCAUCUCUCAAGAAAUCAUGUAGUCAUUUAAAGGAUGAACUUUGCAGAGAGAAUUUCUGAAGGCAACACCCUUAGUCUCCAGGGUUUGUUUCAUUCCAUUUAUAUAUAGCUGAGGAAAGCAGCUUAACAUACUACUGCAAUCCAUACGGCCACGUGGCAGAAUACCAGUGGCCAAUUAGAAACUAAUCAAUAUUUUAGUUAAUGGCUAACUCUACUCAUCAGGAGAGCAGUGGGUGGUUUUCUGCUCAACUGUUUCCAUUUAUCACUAAGUGCAUACAACACUUUGGUUUGGUACACAGAGUCCCUCAGCUAUUCUGUUCACCUCUUGCCCCAGAAAGUAUUUUUCAAUGAAAAUAGGAACUUCACUUCAAAAUUCCUUACUGAUCUUGUAACUUAAAUAUAUGUCCUUUUGUGCAUCUCCAUCUAUAUUGAUAUCACCCACGUAAACAAGCAACAACACUAAGCUCAUGACACCACCAAUGAAACAACCAUCUUACAGACAUCAUCUCAUGUUGGUUGAGAUCCCCCUUGGCUAAAGGAAUAACGAUUUUUGCCGUAUUUGUCAUUGAUCGAAUCUUGACCGAUACAUGGUUGGGUUGGUCAUCCUUCAAGCUCAUAGUUACUCUAUCUCGUUAGGUUUUCGCUUUUUGACUUGAUCGUUGGAAGCCAAAAUCAGACUCUCGAACCUGGUAUUUUGUGUUGUUUUGUAGAUUAGACGACUGUUGAUAAUCUCACCAGAAAACCUCAUUCUUUCCCCACUUUCCCAAAUUGUCGUAUACAUUGCACCAAACUCAAAUUCGGUAUGAACCAAAGACAUAUAGCACACACCCCUAGCGUAACAUGAAGCCGACCUCCUUAAUUAUUCGGCUCAUCACUUCUACCUGGUCUUUCUCCGCAUUUACUUUAGUUUGAGUCACGAGUUUAGCGAGUUUGAGUGCUAAACUCGUGACUCAAAUCAGAUAUUACAAAGCUUGUGUUAGGUUUUAAUCCACGAUUCACCAAGCUCGGUUUCGUUUGAGUUCUAAAAAGUAUCUAACCAAUCAUCAUCAUAAAUUAAUAUUUUUAGGAUGAACUUAAAAAACUCAAUGCUCGGGUGUCACAAGAACCAUUAUUUCUCAUUUUCUCUCCAAUUCCAGAAGAAGAAAAAUCAAUUUUUUGUUUUUAUUUUACUAAUAAUAUAGUAAGUGACAAACUCCUACCUAACCAAACCCACUUGGGAAAGCAUUAAGAACCAAAUUGUCGGGCUUGUUAAGCGGUCAAUACUUCCCACUUCCCAGGCAGUGUAAAAUUUCCGCCCUUACAAAUAUACAAACGCUUCUAUAUAUAUAUAUAUACAAAUUACAAUUCAUUGUUUAACCAUCGUGUGUCUCUUCCAACUCGAUAUUAUGUUGUCAAAUAAUCAUUACUAACAAUACUACUAUUUGAGGGUUAAUGUUGUGCUGAUAAUUUGAAAAGUUUAAAAAAAAUUGCUAAUGAAUUGUAUUUAUUUUUUAAUAUAUUUUCAGUUAUUAUAAAAGGGGGGAAAAUAUAGUGGUUCUUGUAAUUAAAUUAUUUGUUUGUAUUACUAAAGGAAAGUAUGUGUUUGGGUUGGUGGAUUGGUGGGGGUUGGUGGAUUCACCAACUGAAAUGGACAUCUGGAUGAAUCAAAUGAAGGAUUUCAAACCUCCACAUUUCUGAGUCCAAAUUUUGACCAUUCCUAUCCUUUCACUCCAACUAUGCACGAAACCUCUUAAGAGUUGGUGGAUUUUUCAACUUCUCAAAGACUUCACCUACCACCUAGAUUUUGUUUCCUUCCUAUUACCAACCCCCUUUGAUUUUGAUCCAUUUAUUAGUUCCUUCAAUUCUUUCGGGUGUUUUCUUCUCAUUAUUUCGUUGGCUUUAGUGCUGACGCCACUUGCUAUAUACAAGUAGAAAUCUAAGAUGACAUCGGAAUGUAUCGAAUUAACGCCUCGUUUGGAAUCUCCGAUUCUAAAUGUUUGUAUUCUACAAAAUAGAAUAUUUUUUAUUUGUUUUAGUCACAGAAUACAUGGUGUUUUGUAUUGAACUUUAUAAGAAAUAGAUCAUUUGUAUUAAACUUUAUACAAAACAGAUAAACUUUUGGGGCAAAUCACAUGUUUGGGCAACAGCAAUGUAAGAAGAAUCGACUAGUAAUUGGGAACCACGUUGAUCGAUUUUAUAGUGCACUCACAAAACAUGAGGGACAACAUACUGUGCACCGUGGUCUAAAAGUAUACAUUUUAACACUCAAAAUAAAAGAAACUUGAGCACUAGGAUUUGUCUAGGACGACGAAAAGAACUAGUAUGACAAUCUUGUAUAACCAUACAGGAGAGAUUUUACAUCCACACCUCUAUUUCCUCGGUUUUCUUAUACUCGCUGGUAAUUAUCGUCUCGUACAUCCAAUGAAAUUCUCCAACCAUAUACAUUUUCUGUUCAAACAUAAAACAUACAUAAUCAACUGUGACGUUAAUAAUCACACAACCAUUCGUAAUAUAUGACUUCAAGCUCAACAUCAGUCUACCACUUAUUCAUGGAGGAACACAAAAAGUUGCACCGAACUCCUUUGUUGCCUCCAAAUUAAAACAAAGUUGCCACUCCUAAUCACUUCCACAUUUCUCUAUAUAUGUAGAUGGUUCUAUCGUACACUAUUUCUAUCCACAGCCACAUCAUCAACUUUAGCAAUUUCCAGUAAUCUCCAUCACAACAAAAUUUUAGCAGUUUCUAUUGGUGGGACCUACAAUAUAUUUAUAUCAUUUAUUAUUUUCUUACUAAUAUUUUUGCAUAAUUAAUAAUAGAUAAUGUAUUUGCCAAUAUUAUGUUUAUGCAAAAAUAUAUGAAAGUUUUUCUAUCUAAUUAAAAAAUAUAUUUCCUAAUUACUUUUCUAAUCAUAUUAUUAAUUAUAUAUAUGAAUAUUUUUCUAUCUAAUUAAACAACUAAAAAAUAUAAUGCACAAUCAUAUCAUUUUCUAGAAAAAGAUGAAAAAGAAAAAAUAAAAUAAAAUAAGAAUUAAGUAGGUCCACAUAUGUACAUGUGGCAUUGCUAAAAGACUUGCCAAUUUAGGAAGCUUGUCAAUUUGAAAAGAACCACUCCAUCACUAGCAAUUGCCACACAUGUGCCACCUCACCCUCCACUCAUCUUAGCAAUUGCUAAACUUUAGCAAUGCAUAUGGUCAUAGGGAAUUAGAACCGUCUAUUGUGGCCAUGUGGAUUUGAUAUUUCUCUCGUUUACAUAAUUGUGACCAUAUCUUUUUAUAUACGGGUUAGGGAUUCGGGGUGGGUUUGGAGACGGUUUGCCUAAACCAUUAUUAUCCUCGUUUGUAAAUAUUCAAACUCAUACCCAUUCCAUACCUGGGGGUUUUGGGUAUCCAUCGGUAAUAUUCGAUCCGUACAUCCAACAUUAUAAUACCUAAACUUUACAUAUAAAUUUUCAAUUACAAUAUUAAACGCACCUAUUAUAUCAUCAAGUCGACAAAGAGACAAUCGUUCUUAAUACUGUUCAAAACAUCUUAUAUUAAAACAUUCAUUAAUCCAUAAGAUAGAGUACAACGUAAUCCAAAUCAUUAUUCUCUAACUCUGAUACAUCUACUAAGUAAUAACUAACCAACACAAUCUUGUUAACACGAGUGAAAAAGUGAAAGAGUGCAUGGAGAGUUGAAGAGAAGGAAUUAGGUUUUGAUUUGAGUGGUCACGCAAUUGUAUUUCUAUUAUUUACUUUCCUGAGUUACCCUCACUAUCAUUGAUAAGUUACAAUUUGAUCUAUAAGAUUUUUAUUUAUAUGUGAAGAAAUGCUCUUGGUGGAGCUCGUAUGGGUAUGGAAACAAGGCGGGGAGGCUAAAAUCAUACUCGUCCCAUACCCAUCAAAUAUUUUACGGGUUUUACCCAUACCCAAUCAAUACGGAAAUUUCUUACGCUAACUGGACUGAGAUGUCGGAUACCCACAAUCAUAGGUUUGAUUGUCAUCCCUAUUCCAAAUCCAUAUCAAUUAAUUUAUUUGUGAGUGUGACUCAUACCCACUACAUACAUAGUAAUGCGCUAUGUUAAUCGGUUGCAAAGAGUCGAAUACCUCCAUUUGUGAUUUUAGUUGUCAUUCUCCUAAUAAAGGGGGAAGGUUGAGUUAAACUUUUAGGGGCGAAAUUGACACUUUUUAUGUAUGUCAGUUAACAAUUUGACCUAUGUUUACGGUUUAUGAGUGGAAAUGUUACAUUGGGACGGUUUGAGGCAUUGUUAUAACAAAGAGGCAUUUUUACUUUUUUUUACGAAGAGGCAUUUGGAUUUGUUACAUGCGUGUAACUAUUUUCAAGAACGUUACUAUUGUCAAUAUGAUGAGUGUGUUGUUUAUUUACACUUUUUCUUAAAUUUGUAAAACUUUUUAUUCAAGUUAGUUUUUUUCUUAAGUUGGGGAAUAGUAUAUUUGGUAACCGUUUAAAAAGAGUAAAGUUGAUGGGAACUGAGUAUUUUUUUUUUAAUAAAUGGAAUGUUAGUUAAUGGGAUGGUGAAUAAUGUGUUUAAUAGUAGUAAAUUGAGUUUUGAGAAAUGAUUAUUAAGGACAUACAUAACUAUAACUCUAAGAAUAUUUUUUAAGACAAAAAAAGUUGAAAAGUGAAAUUAUUUUUGUAAGAUGGAUUUUCAAAUUAAAAAAAUUGUAUAUUUUAAAGUGAAUAAUGAUUUUGGCUUUAUUUUGAGAAAAAAGGUAAAAAUGAUUGUUUGUUUUUAUAUAAAAUUAUAAUUGAGAAAAUUUAAACAAAAAGUCAGUAUAAACAAACACACCCGAUAUCUUAUUUUGGUAUAUAAAUCCUAUUAUAUAUUUUCAGAUUUUACUUCUGAACUAAUCUAUUGGCACAAAACUCUUUAGGAGUGCUAAUUGGUUUGAUGUGGGUAAAUUACUAAUUGAUUUGGUGGUUAGUGAUUAAUUACUAAGCAAAAAAUACAUGGCAAAAAAUGAACUGAUAAGACUUAUUGGUCAACCGUAUAUUAUUGGUUCGGUUAACGGUUAGUUUGGCGAUUAACCACUAACCAAUAACAACCUCCACAUACGACAUUUUUUGUUGUUGUUUUUACAUUUUUUGUGGUGCCCUUUUUAAAAAUGACAUAUAAUCAUGCAGUUAAUUCAAGCCAAUUCUUCAUCAAAAAAAAAAUAUUCAAGCCAAUUUAACCACACUUCUAUAUUGUUAAUAUAAAAUAAUUAUUAUGAGAAAUAAUAUCAAUACAAUACAAAAAACAUCACAACUUCAUAAUCAAAAUUCCAACACAUAUAAAUUUAAAAUAAUCAAAUAUUUUCAUCCAAUUGGAGAGAACCAACUAACAAAGCAUCAAACACAAACACCAUAACAUCAUUAUUCACAAACAACAAAGAAACAAAAGCUACUAGAGUGUGAAAUUCGCUUUGUCGACUGCAAUUGAAAGUUAGAGAGAGAUUACUUUCGAGUUCUGGCUCUUAAAUACAUUUAAAUUUUUGGGUGGAAGGUUAUUUGCAAUAUGUUAGAAUCUUUUGUUAAUCAAAUUUUGGGACUUUUUCUAGAGCUGGGAAAAUAAAACAGACCGUUUGAAAAAUUGUGGACCAAACUAGACAACACAGUUUGGUCCAGACCGUAGACCGUGAAUAAUGGUCUGUAUUAUAUGAAGUUUUGAUUUCUUGGUCUGGUCUGGUAUAGACCCCGGUUUACCAGACCAACUCGUGGAUCUGGGCGACUUCCCAAUACAUGUUAAUAGCCCACUCGACCACUCUCCCAACUCCCUCAUCGAGACUCAAGUCUCAACCUUAAUUUUUAGAAUCUCGUCCCCUCCUUCAUUCAAAACCACAUUUCACUAGAUAGUAGAGACGAUCGUGUCUCCAUAUGACAUUAUGUUAAUGUUUGUGAUGUUAUGGUGCAAGUUGGGAUUCUUCGACUUUGUAUCUUUGUUAUUUACUAAGAUUUAAGGUGUCAAAAUUAUUCAUGCAUGUUGGAUUUUAUGUAUUAAGGCAAAAAAAACAAUUGUUUUUCUAAGUUAUUGGUUCAAUUUGUUUGUGGUUGACUUAACAAAGGGUAAAUGUGGUCUAUCUAGACCAGACCGCACAAGCGUGGUCUGGUCUAGACCUAUAUGGUCUGGUCAAUGGUCUAUGCUUUAGUCUCUCGGUCUAGAUCGUAGACGGUCUACGGACCAGACCUCACCAUUUCACAGCCCUAACUUUUUUGUUAUACGAUUAUCGGUUAACCACUAAUUAGAUUAUCAAUUAAAUUCAAUAAACAAUAAAUGUUUACGAGUCCAACUAACUCCGUUUUGUUUUUUUUUUUUUUUUUUUACCAAUUGAGAUUUCCGGUCCCUUAUAGAUUUGACUUCUUUUAUACUCUAGUUGAUUAAAAUGUAUAUGGCCCAUUUUUGCUUUCUUAUUCAUCUUUUUUUCCCUUUUAAAACGCAGUGGUUCACGCCUCACGCGCUAUUUAUUACUCUCAGUUAGCUGCCAGCCUGCCACCAACCAAUGACGUCGUUGAACCAUUGAGAGCUGGUUACUGGUGAGGGUUGGUGACUCACCUAUGAUUACCGGUAACCUUAAUGAUGCUAAUAUUAUUGUGAUAAUUAAACACUUACCUUUUCCUAAAAUAAAAAAUUAAAACACUUACCUAAUUUCCCUUGAAAGAACACUUACCUAUAGGUUUUAUUUUCUGAACGCAAUUAUUUGUUUUAGGAGAGUUUGGUAUCUUUUAGUUGGUAAGAGCAUUGAUAUUAGUACUGUAAUUUUAAUUGCAUAUUUGCAACACAUACAAUUUUAUAUACACGUUAAAGUCGUUAUAGAAAUGGAGUAGUGAACUUCUAAAGAAGAAGCGAGAAAUUAUGUAGUAUACUUCGCCAAGCCCAAGAAAUCAAAGUCACUCGACCCUUCGUGAAGGAAAAUGGGGUGGGGGGUUGCUUCUCUUACACACAAAAAAAGAAAAUGGAUCAUGCAGAAUAUCUCAUCUAAUCUUACCCGGUAGAGUUUGUGUACAAAUUUUCAAACCAACAAAAACUCAACUGUCUCUACUCUCUCAUAUUUACGUUGAACAACAUCCUCCAAGUCACCUAGUGACCUCGAAGCUCUCCCCUCUAAAUAUCAUAUGAGAAACGAGCCAAUUACCUUUUCAGUUAACAUCAAAAGAAAAGUGGAAAUAGAAAGCAUGACAUAACAUGGAUAGGAAGUACACUCGCCUCAGCUUUGAUAAGUGUCUUUUCCUAGGCAAACAACGCUACUUCCACCCUUGCAAUCGACGCAAAACACGCCCUACAACAAAAGUGAUAAGUAUCCACUUUAGUUCUGCUUGGCUGAGUCAGAAGCCCAUGAUACUUACCCGUGAUCCCCGUAGCCCCAAUUCCCAAUUAUUACGCCAUCAACUCCUAAUUCGAGUCCAACGCAAUAUUACUAAAAUAAUCGUCACUUUUGAAAACUUGACCUUCUGGCAGCUCAACCCUUCAUAAUCAUGAAGAACUUAAUAAAGGUCUCACAAUCUCGUAGCAAAGCCCAAACAAAGAGGUAAGAAUCAUUCUAAUAAAUACUCGUAUUAAGUAUCCAUUCAGAUAAAUACUCAUAUGAAUACACCAGGAGAGAAGAUAUGGUUAGUAACCUCUAGUUACUCAACUAUCCAUAAUUUUUUUCCAUGAAACUUAAUAGUCUAUAUCUCUUUCGUUGUUUAAAAAAAUCAUAGAAAAAUC